AUGGCAGGUUCUUCGAUAUUAACGCCUGAAAGAAGAAUUGAGCUGAAUCCUUUCGAUAUAGAUGCAUGGAAUCUGAUUCUUAGAGAGUCACAGGCCAGACCGAUAGACCAAGCUCGGAAUUUCUAUGAAAAAUUGGUGACUCAAUUCCCGAAUGCUGGACGAUACUGGAAAGCGUACAUCGAACAUGAACUCCGUGGAAAAAACUUCGAGAAUGUCGAGAACUUAUUCAACCGUUGUUUGGUAAAGGUCUUAAAUAUUGACCUUUGGAAGUGUUACGUUUUCUAUGUACGAGAGACAAAAGGUCAUCUGAGUUCUUUUAGGGAGAAAAUGGCUAAGGCUUAUGAUUUCGCUCUGGAUAAGGUUGGGCUUGACAUGAACUCAUACUCCAUCUAUUCGGAUUACAUCUCAUUCUUAAAGACUGUCCCUGCCGUUGGACAGUAUGCGGAAAACCAGAGAAUUUCUGCAGUGCGGAAGAUUUAUCAACGUGGAAUUUCUACACCGAUGGUAAACAUAGAAUCGCUGUGGUCUGAUUACUGUAACUACGAAAAGAGUAUCAAUCCAACUCUCGCGGAGAAACUAAUUUCAGAGCGUAACAAGGAAUAUCAGGUUUCCAAGAAAAUUGCCAAACAACUAGAAGCUGUAACUCGGGGUGUCAACCGGCAGGCUGUUUCUGUUCCGCCUCGUGGCACUGCUCCUGAAAUGAAACAGGUGGAGAUGUGGAAGAAGUAUAUCCAGUGGGAGAAGAGCAAUCCUAUGGAGACCGAAGAGUAUGGGCAGUUUGCAAAGCGUGUGGUUUAUGCUUACGAACAAUCAUUGUUGUGUCUUGGGUAUUAUCCUGAUAUGUGGUAUGAAGCGGCAUUGUUUCUUCAACAGGCUGGUAAACAACUGGAAGAAAAAGGAGAUGUGAAACUUGCCCAACAAAUGACUGCUGAAGCUAUGCAGCUUUUUGAUCGAGCAAUCUCUGGCUUGAUGAAGCACUCGCAGCUGCUGUACUUCGCAUACGCUGAUUUCGAGGAAGAACGAAUGAAAUUUGACAACGUUAAGAAGAUCUAUGAUAAUCUGCUCGCCAUUGACCAUAUUGAUCCAACUUUGACGUACAUCCAGUUGAUGAAGUUUACUCGUCGUACCGAGGGAGUUCGAGCAGCGAGAGCGGUAUUCAAGAGGGCGCGCGAGGAUAAUCGUUGUCGGCAUCAUGUAUUUAUCGCCGCAGCUCUCAUGGAAUUCUACUGCAGUAAGGACAAAGACGUGGCUAUGCGGGUGUUUGAUCUCGGCUUAAAGAAAUAUGGCGAUGAACCAGAAUAUGCAUGCGCUUACGUUGAUUUUUUGACCCACUUGAACGAAGAUAAUAACACCCGAGUUGUGUUCGAGCGUAUUCUUACUUCUGAAGCCCUUUCGCCGGAAAAGUCAUCAGAUAUUUGGGAUCGAUAUCUGGAAUUUGAGUCUCUGGUGGGUGAUUUGGCUAGUACUCUUAAAGUUGACGAAAGACGCAAAGCUGCUGUUACUGGCGGCAGAGAUGAGGGGACAACGUUAAUGUUGAUUGAUAGAUAUCGGUUUCUGAACCUUGUUCCGUGCACAUUGGAUCAAUUGAAACUCAUGGGUUAUAAUAAGUCCAAUACUGGUAUGAUUGGUGGUAUGACAGGCGUCUCCACAGGUUCUUUAAUGGCGCCACAACGAAAUUUGCCAACCCCCCAGGCAGCAAGUGUGGUAAUGGGUGGUGCGUCAAGUGUGCAGCUUGAAAUUGAAGGAUAUCCUCGUCCUGAUAUUGAUCAAAUGAUUCCUUUCAAACCAAAGGCGAACAGUGCGGCAUCAUUUCAUCCCAUACCUGGUGGUGUUUUUCCACCCCCGCCUGCUGUUGCUGAACUUAUUUCACUGUUACCGCCUCCGUGGACCUUCCAAGGACCAUUCGUUUCCGUUGAUCUCUUUAUAGAUCAUAUUAGCAAGACGCAGCUGACUAUUGGUGUGAUAAAUUUUUUUGUUUGCAUCCGAGUCCUCGAUGGAAAACUUCCUCAUGCAAGCAAGAAGGAUAAGGUACGACGUCAUCGACCUGGCCGAGAGGAGACGACGGCACCCAUUCAACGCCGUCUAUGA